GGGAAGAAAAGAACAAAGACGGGGACACCCUCUGUCGUUGUGGGAACAAGUCGGUAGUUGUCUGGUACAACCUCAGAUGAACUAGUUCCUAUCUCUGUCGUUCCUACAACGAUAAAUUCAGCAAAUCUGAGUACUCCAACUGUCCUUUUCGCUCACUCUCAGCAGCAUUGCUUCUCCUGGGCACAUUCACAAACACAUAGCAGUUUAAUUGCAGAAAAUGUCGAGCCUAGUGGAGAGGCUUCGCGUGCGAACAGAUCGAAGACCCAUUUACAGCUUAUUUGAUGACUCUGAUGAUGAAGUUGAUAAGAAGUCUCAGCCUAGCCAGGAAAUAUUUGAGAAAACUAUCCGUCCUGACGCGAAAGAUGAAUCCUGUCAAGCUUGUGGAGGAGAGGGCGAUCUUUUGUACUGUGAAUCGUGUAAUUAUGCUUACCAUCCUAAGUGUUUACUUCCACCACUAAAAGCUCCUCUUCCUAGCAGCUGGAGGUGUCCUGAAUGUGUGAGCCCCCUAAAUGAUAUUGACAAGAUAUUGGAUUGUGAAAUGCGCCCAACUGUUGCUGAUGAUAGUGAUGCUUCCAAGACAGGGUCGAAGCAAGUAUUUGUUAAACAGUAUCUUGUUAAGUGGAAAGGAUUGUCCUAUCUUCACUGCAUAUGGGUGCCUGAAAAAGAGUUUCUGAAAGCUUACAAGCUGCAUCCACGUUUAAAGACUAAAGUGAAUAAUUUCCAUCGUCAAAUGUCAUCAGUGACUAACUCUGAAGAGGACUAUGUUGCUAUUCGAUCAGAGUGGACUACAGUUGACCGAAUUCUUGCUUGCAGGGGAGAAGGUGAAGAGAAAGAGUAUCUUGUAAAGUGGAAGGAGCUUCCUUAUGAUGAGUGCUACUGGGAAUUUGAAUCGGACAUUUCUUCUUUUCAGCUAGAAAUUGAAAGAUAUCAUAGAGUUCAGUCUCGAUAUGACAAAGUUUCUUCCAGUAAACAAAAAAGUGGGCCAACCGAGAGCACUGAAUCAAAACCAAAACCCAGAGAAUUUCAACAGUAUGAAAGCAGUCCCGAAUUUCUUUCUGGAGGCUCGCUGCAUCCGUAUCAGCUGGAAGGGCUUAAUUUCCUACGUUUUGCUUGGUCUAAACAAACACAUGUGAUACUUGCAGAUGAGAUGGGGCUUGGCAAAACAAUACAGAGUAUUGCUUUCCUAGCCUCUCUUUUUGAGGAGGAUAUCUCUCCUCAUUUAGUAGUUGCUCCUCUUUCAACAUUGAGAAAUUGGGAGCGGGAGUUCGCCACUUGGGCUCCUCAAAUGAAUGUGGUUAUGUACGUUGGUUCUGCACAAGCUCGUGCUGUUAUUAGGGAAUAUGAAUUUUUCUUUCCUAAAAAUUCUCUCAAGCACAAGAAAAAGAAAUCUGGUCAGACAGUUGGUGAAAGUAAGAAAGAACUAACAAAAUUUGAUGUCCUCCUGACAUCAUAUGAAAUGAUCAACUUGGACUCUGCCUCUCUAAAGCCGAUAAAGUGGGAGUGCAUGAUUGUUGAUGAAGGUCACCGUCUCAAAAACAAGGAUUCGAAGUUGUUUUCUUCAUUGAAGCAGUACUCUAGUAGACAUCGUACUCUUUUGACUGGAACUCCUCUUCAGAACAAUCUGGAUGAACUUUUUAUGCUUAUGCACUUCCUUGAUGCUGGAAAGUUUGGAAGCUUGGAGGAAUUCCAACAGGAAUUUGAGGAUAUUAGUCAAGAAGAACAGAUUUCAAGACUUCAUAAAAUGCUGGCACCCCAUCUGCUCAGAAGGGUCAAGAAAGAUGUCAUGAAGGAGCUACCUCCAAAAAAGGAGCUCAUUUUACGUGUGGAAUUGAGUAGCAAGCAGAAAGAAUAUUACAAAGCAAUUCUGACACGUAACUUCCAGAUACUGACUCGCAAGGGAGGUGCUCAGAUUUCCCUCAUAAAUGUGGUUAUGGAACUGCGGAAGCUCUGCUGUCAUCCAUUUAUGUUAGAAGGCGUUGAACCAGAGGAUAAUAAUGAGUUUACCAAGCAGCUGUUGGAAUCUUCUGGCAAAUUACAACUUCUGGACAAGAUGAUGGUUAAGCUUAAAGACCAAGGUCACAGAGUUCUUAUAUAUUCACAAUUUCAGCAUAUGCUCAACUUGCUAGAAGACUACUGUAACUAUAAGAAAUGGCAAUAUGAGCGGAUUGAUGGAAAAGUUCCCGGUGCAGAAAGACAAAUCCGAAUUGACAGAUUUAAUGCAAAGAAUUCUUCAAGAUUCUGUUUUCUGCUUUCCACUAGGGCUGGGGGUUUAGGAAUUAAUCUUGCAACUGCUGACACAGUAAUUAUAUAUGAUAGUGAUUGGAAUCCCCAUGCUGACCUACAAGCAAUGGCUAGAGCUCAUCGGCUUGGACAAACAAAUAAGGUAAUGAUCUUUCGACUCAUAACAAGAGGAACCAUUGAGGAAAGAAUGAUGCAAAUGACUAAGAAGAAAAUGAUUUUGGAACAUCUAGUUGUUGGAAGGCUUAAAGCACAAAAUAUCAACCAGGAAGAACUGGAUGAUAUUAUAAGGUAUGGCUCAAAAGAGUUAUUUGCUGAUGAGAAUGAUGAGGCUGGAAAAUUGCGGCAAAUUCAUUACGAUGAUGCUGCAAUAGAUAGAUUGCUCAAUCGCGAGCAAUUUGGAGAUGAGGAUGCUGUAUUGGACGAUGAAGAAGAGGAUUCAUUUUUGAAGGCCUUUAAGGUUUAUAUCUCCUCUAUAACACUUUUAUGAUUGAAAGUGAUUUUG